CACUUGCCCCUCUUCUUCGCCGUCACUACAUCUCUAAUCCACCACCACCGCGAAGAUGGCGGCCCGGACCAUGCAAGCAGCGCGAUGCCCGACAGAUGAGCUGUCACUUACAAAUUGUGCCGUGGUCAGCGAGAAGGAUCUGCAGUCCGGACAAAAUGUGACUGUGAAGACAACACCCAACCACAAAUUUGUGUUUACCGUCAAGACCCACCACACAGUGGCGCCAGGUUCAAUCGCUUUCAGCCUGCCACAGCGAAAAUGGGCCGGUCUCUCCAUUGGCCAGGAGGUGGAAGUGGCCAACUACAACUUUGACAAGUUGAGGGAGUGCAUCGGCGCCAUGACAAUCGAAAUCGACUUCCUGCAAAAGAAGAGUACCGACUCUUCACCUUAUGACUCCGACAAGAUGGCCGCCGAGUUCAUCCAGAUGUUCAACAGCCAGAGCUUCUCUGUCACACAGCAGCUGGUGUUCAGUUUCUGCGACAAACUCUUUGGACUGGUUGUCAAAGACAUUGAGGCCAUGGACGCCAGCCUCCUGAAAGGGGAGGCAGCUUCUGGGAAGAAACCACAGAAGAUUGACGUCGGGCUCCUUGUGGGUAACAGCCAGGUGAUUUUUGAGAAGGCAGAGAGCUCAUCCUUGACACUUGUUGGUAAGGCAAAGACAAAGGAGGCACGCCAGUCAAUCAUCAACCCAGAUUGGAACUUUGAGAAAAUGGGAAUUGGAGGUCUGGACAAGGAAUUUUCUGACAUUUUCCGCAGAGCCUUUGCUUCUCGAGUCUUCCCUCCAGACAUCGUGGAGCAGAUGGGUUGCAAGCACGUGAAGGGAAUCCUUCUCUUCGGACCUCCAGGAUGUGGUAAAACCCUCAUGGCCAGGCAGAUCGGUAAAAUGCUUAAUGCCCGCGAGCCGAAGAUCGUCAACGGUCCAGAAAUCCUCAACAAGUACGUGGGAGAGUCCGAGGCCAACAUCCGCAAGUUGUUCGCUGAUGCAGAGGAAGAGCAGAAGCGGCUGGGAGCCAACAGCGGACUUCACAUCAUCAUCUUUGAUGAGCUGGAUGCUAUUUGCAAGCAGAGAGGCACAGGCGCAAGCAGCACAGGCGUACACGACACGGUGGUCAACCAGCUGCUGUCCAAGAUUGAUGGUGUGGAGCAACUUAAUAACAUCCUGGUCAUUGGAAUGACCAACAGGCCGGACCUGAUUGAUGAUGCCCUCAUGAGGCCUGGCAGGUUUGAAGUCAAGAUGGAAAUUGGUCUCCCUGACGAGAAAGGCCGCGUGCAGAUUCUUACUAUUCACACCAACAAAAUGAGAAACUUCAACCUGCUGGCUAGCGAUGUCAACAUACCAGAGCUGGCAGCUGAAACCAAGAACUACAGUGGUGCGGAGCUGGAGGGGCUGGUCAGGGCCGCACAGUCCACUGCCAUGAACCGACACAUCAAGGCUACAUCCACAGUCGAGGUGGACAUGGAGAGGGCAGAGAAGCUGCAGGUCACAAGAGAUGACUUCAAGGGAUCCCUCAACAAUGACAUUAAACCUGCAUUCGGUACAAACCAGGAGGAUUACUCCAACUACAUCAUGAACGGCAUCAUCAAAUGGGGUGACCCAGUUACGCACGUCCUGGAUGAUGGAGAGUUGCUGGUUCAGCAGACCAAGAACAGCGAUCGCACACCACUGGUGGCUGUCUUACUGGAGGGUCCGCCUCACAGUGGAAAGACAGCUCUUGCAGCCCAGAUUGCAGAGGACUCAGAGUUCCCCUUCAUUAAGAUCUGUUCUCCGGACAAGAUGAUCGGACACUCAGAGAUCUCAAAGUGCCAGGCCAUCAAGAAGGUCUUCGAUGAUGCUUACAAGUCCCAGUUGAGCUGCGUGGUUGUUGAUGACAUUGAACGUCUGCUCGACUACGUCCCCAUCGGCCCUCGUUUCUCCAACUUGGUCCUGCAGGCCUUGUUGGUGCUCCUGAAGAAAGCACCUCCCAAGGGUCGGAAGCUGCUCAUCAUCGGCACCACCAGCAGGAAGGACGUCUUGCAGGAGAUGGAGAUGUUGGACGCCUUCAGCACCACCAUCCACGUCCCUAACAUCUCCACUGGGGAGCAGCUGGUUGACGCUUUAGAGCUGUUGGGGAGCUUCACAGAUAAAGAGCGGGCCAGCAUUGCGCAGCAGCUCAAAGGCAAGCGAGUUUGGAUCGGCAUCAAGAAGCUCCUGGUGCUGAUCGAGAUGUCACUGCAGAUGGACCAAGAUUACAGAGUGACAAAGUUCCUGUCCCUGCUGCGGGAUGAGGGGGCGUUGAAUGAAGGCAAUCAAAUCCGAAUUUAGGCUGUCAGUCAGCGGCUCGCUGUGUGCAUGGUGGCCGCAACUUCUACGAGUAGAGUUGAGCCAUCUCAUCGCCAAGGCGCCACCAAAGUGAUGCAAUGCCGAAGACGAAAGGAAAUGAAGAAGUCUCGAAACGCCGCACAAUCCCUCCCUUAUCUCAGCAUGUUCCUGUAGGCAAUAUCAGCGCUCAUGUGUCACCCUCUCCAUCACCAAGGUAUAUGUGUUCACAGAUCUCUGGAACCUACUGUUUUCAAAUAUCUGUAAAGAUAUCGCAAUAGAAGAUUGUAAAAAAACAAAAAAAUUAAAAUGUGCUGUAUAUGUGCAUCGUGCGGAGAAAAAAAUCAGCUAUAUAUGUUUGUAGCUUUUUGUAUAGUACGUGUUGUAUUUGUAUUAAAAUUAUACUAAGUAUGACUCCAACAAGGCAGUACAUAUAAUGCGGGAUGUGGAAACCCUUUAAAUGUAUGUAAUUUCUUCACGGCUUAAAGUAAGCCUAACGUACAAAGUAUAUAUAACUAAAAAUCAGUAUAUUGAGAACGAUAUCAGUGAUCCUUCCUAUACAUAUGCAUAUACA